GUUACGUGUAGCAGAGACAAACAAGUCCACGCCUGCAAAGUUUGGGCGACUUUUAAAGAUUAAAUGCCUCUUACGGCAAAAACCGUGCUGAGUGGACUGUUUCACGUUGACGUGACACAUACAGGAGCAGGACGUCAGGAAAUGGACGCAGUGGACCCGGAUCCUAGCAUCUCCUCUGAGGAGCCAAAGGUGCAGAGAGGAUUAGACCACAAGGUGUUCGUCAACAGAAGUCUCACAUUGGAGGACAUCAAAUGCUAUGGAUUUGACAUGGACUACACCAUGGCAAUUUAUCAAUCUCCAGACUAUGAAAGCAUGGGCUUUGAGAUGUUAAGAGAUAAGAUGGUGUCUAUUGGGUAUCCUCAUGAGAUUCUACGCUACACAUAUGACCCCAGCUUCCCCACACGCGGUUUAGUGAUUGACACCACAUAUGGGAACCUCCUGAAGGUGGAUUCAAACGGGAAUAUUUUAGUCUGCAGUCAUGGUUUCCGCUUCCUUAAAGGGUCAGAAAUUCACAGCUACUACCCAAACAAGUUCAUUCAAAGAGACGACACUGACCGUUUCUACAUCCUCAACACCCUAUUCAAUCUUUCAGAGACGUAUCUCUACUCCUGCCUUGUGGACUUUUUUACCAGAUGCACCAGAUAUACAAACCUGCUGAAAGGUUUCCAGCAUGGAGACUUGUUUAUGUCCUAUAGAAGUAUGUUUCAGGACGUUAGAGACGCCAUGGACUUUAUACAUGAUUCGGGAGCUCUGAAAGACAGAACCAUAAAGAAUUUGGAGAAAUAUGUUUAUAGAGAUCCAAAUCUCCCUAUACUGCUGACACGGAUUAAAGAGGUUGCCAAAGUCUUUCUCGCUACUAACAGUGACUACAACUACACAGAGGCCAUCAUGAAAUACCUGCUAGAAAGUAAUGUGAAGUCUGGAAAUCCUAAAAAGAUGUGGCGCUCCUACUUUGACCUGGUUGUGGUGGACACCAGGAAGCCGCUGUUCUUUGCUGAGGGGACUGUGCUGAGACAAGUGGACACGGACACAGGGAAGCUUCGGAUCGGGACGUACACAGGUGAUCUCCAACAUGGGACUGUUUACUCUGGAGGAUCUUCAGACAUUGUUUGCGACCUGCUGGAUGUUAAAGGUAAAGACAUCCUCUAUGUUGGAGACCACAUCUAUGGUGACAUCCUCAAAUCUAAGAAGCGUCAGGGCUGGAAGACUUUCCUGGUCGUACCUGAGCUCACCAAAGAGCUGAAAGUGUGGGAGGAGAAGAGAAGUCUGUUUGAGGAGCUUAAAAAUCUGGACAUCUUCUUAGCUGAGAUUUACACGCACCUGGACAGUGGCAGCAAAGAGUGUCCUGACAUCGGCGCCAUCCAGACCAGAAUGAAGGUGGUGACCCACAGAAUGGACAUGUCCUACGGCCAGAUGGGCAGCCUCCUGCGUAGCGGAGCCCGACAGACGCUGUUUGCCAGCCAGCUGGUGCGUUACGCCGAUCUGUACUCAUCCACGUGCACCAGUCUGCUGAACUACCCUCUAAAUUACCUCUUCAUGGCUCCACCAGUGCUGAUGCCACAUGAAACUCAACCUGCAUCUGAACUGGUUUCAUCAGAGAUAUCUGGCAUUGUCAAAAUGACCAGAAACUGAGCUGGCUGAGAUGUCUCAGAUGUUGAUUAGAAGCUUCACAAUAAGGGUGACCUCAAAUAAUAUUCAAUGACUAAUUCAGCCUUAUUGGAGUGCCAAACAUACAGUAUAAAACAAGCAUAAUUUCAUUCCAGAUGUAUGGAGGUUUGAAUGUCUUUUUGUCUAAAAAUAAUUCAUGUUCUUAUAUCACUUUCCGUAGUGUCUGCAUGAAUAAAUUAAAGGUGCACUAUCCGAUUUUUAAAGGCCAUCAGAGCAUUGGUAUCUAAGCUGACCUUUAAACCUUUUUAGUUUCUAACUUCUCAGAGUGUCUGGAGAAUAAAUUUAAUAACUUAUAGAUGAUUCUUAAAAGUCGAAUGUAAGGUUUGUCAUAAUUUAUUGUCAAAAGGUUUUGUCAUACAGCUCCAGAAGUAAUAUGGCAAAACACUUGAAAUGGGUUUAUACUGAUAAGAGCAAUCCAUCUGAGUACUUUGCUGAAACAAUGACCCAGCCCCUUUCUAGAUGAAAAUCCAUUUAGUGAUGGUAAAUGGGAAAGACGAGAUGUUUGGCGAUUUAAAAGCCUAAAAAAGAAAGAAAACCAUACAGUCAAAUGGUUAUGAGGAGCCAAAAUCUAAUGGAAAGUGAGUUAAAUGUAAAAUUAGGACUUUUCCGAACACGAAUUGGCAAUGUAACAUUGCCAAUAAGUUACUAAGUUACAGGUGUAUAUGAGUGUCAGUUCAGACUCUCUCAAUCAGACUUGACAGACUUGUGACUGAAGACUUCAUUAAACUCAGGAGAAACACAACACCAGUCCCACAUUUGACCAUUUUACUCCUCUCUAGUUUCAGCCCAAAGCUACAGAGCUCUUCUUUCCAGAGGCACCUGGUUGCAGACAGUGGACACCUGUCAGUGCAUGCAUAGCCCCCAUCUGUGAAUGCAUGUGCUUGCAGAAUCAGCAUCUACUGCUAGUCACUGCUUUCAGCCACUGAAGUUGGGAAAUAAAUAUGAACAUUUAAAAGAUAUUUAAAAUAUCCAAACUGAUCAUAAACAUGAAAAUAUGAGAUAUAUUCAGCAACUAGGGCAAGCAGUCCUGAAGGUCCCGUGCAUGCCGAUGCAUGUCGGGAUGUGUGGUAAAUGCCAGUGUAAAGCCACAGUUAGGUGUUGGUAAAACAUGCAGUGGGCUCCUGCACAGCAGAGAGACCACAUAGACCCUCAGGGACAAAUAGUAAGCAUGUUGCACUAUACACAUGCAUAUGUGUACUGAUUUUCAUGCAUGUAGCUCUUACCCAGCUUCCUAUCUCACGUUCCCACCCCUAAGCAAUAGACUUGCCAGUUCCACUAUCAGACAAGAAUUUCCACUGUAGUACAAUUUUAUGGAAGGUUUUUGAGACUUUUUAGGCAUGUUGAGGCUCCAAAAUCAAGCCUUAAAAUAAUAAUAUUUUAGAAACCCUACAGUUUCAGUGGGCCCUCACUCCAAAGUCAGUGCUCAGGCCUUAAUAAUAACGUUACCUGUUAUUACUAAUCCUAGAAAAUGAAUCACAAACGUUGCAAUCCACAAUUUUAAGCUCAAAAAGUGUAUUAACACUUGAAACUUGUGAAAAUGAUGCUAGAAGAUGCCUUUUAUAUCUAAGUAUGCAUGUGUUUAUCGAUGUUUGCUGUCUGCAGCCCAGACCUUUUGCUCCUUUUACACGCCUUGUCAGCAGAGGACAAAAACAUGUCAUAAAUUAGGUUUUCAACAUUUUUUUGAAGCCCAAAAUGCUAUGCAGUGGUGUAUAAUUGUCUUCUGCCAUUUAGUAUUGGGGCUAGUUUUCACCCAGAUGUCACUCUAGAGAACAGAAAGUGACGUUGGACUGCUCUUAUCAAUAGCCUACAGGCAGUAUUGUAGUGCAGGGUAUAUGUAGGUAUGGGUAUACAGAGUAUACCCACCUAUUUUUCUGUCUCCAUAAAGUAUACCCACCUCUAAAACCCCCUCCCCUUGGUAGGGGGGGUGUUGUUUUGGAUCAGUGGUGAUGGUAAAAUCUGCUCUUCUUUUGCUGUUAAUUUCCCAACAAUCUUUUCUUCUAAAGCAGCAAAGGUUAAGUAACAAUGUGAAAAUACUAAAGGCCCAUUUGUAAAACAUGAUGGUCUUAUAUGUCUUUGUUUAUAACACAGGGCUGAUUUUCUUUACAGCAUAGGCCACUUAAAAUGUUGGGGACAAACUGAAAGUAUACCCAGUUCUUCUGCAUUUUAUAUGUCCAUGUGUAAUGUGGUUUUAAGGUCACUAUAAUGCAGACUUAAUGAGCAAGAGAAAGUUUAGAUAAAGUCUAUUCAGAGAAUAAAUUAUUAUUCCAAGUCUAGAAGAUAAACAGUUCAAUUAUGUGGUUCAUCUCUCAUGUUAUAAAUGUGAGUAUGGAUUAAUGAGGGGAAAAAAGAGAAUAUAUUUGAUGAUUUAUGUCCAAAGGCAAAAUCUGACCAGACUGGACUAUGUAAAUCCUAAAUCAGUUACACCCUUACUUUGUAUGCAUACUGCUAUAAUGAGCUCCCUUUCCUAAUUAAACUAAGUUACUGCUCCCUCUAGUGGACAGAGAUUGCUUUUCAGCUCAAUGUUUGUUUAUCAAACCCUUAAAUGAAGCUUUUAGAGAUUUUUAGGAUUCAAAGCUUUGACAGACUCAGGGUUACUGUAUAUAUGAAUAUGUUUUUAAAUGUUGUGGUGCACUUUUAAUAUUAGGUUUGUGUUAUGUAAUGGUUUUUAAAUGUGGCGUGUGCUACUUAAAUAGAAU